AGCUUCAGUGGUCGACUGGCAGUGUGCUUCAGAUCAAGGUCCGUGUUGGCCUGACCCCACUUAACCCGGAUGACUAGGGUGGAGAUUUUCGGUGAUGUGGUGUUUCGGGCGGAAAAGUGUAAGGAGCUGCGAACAGUGAGCGUUGAAAAGUGGAAACAAGCUUGACGUGGCAGUGUGCUUCAGAUCAAGGUCCGUGUUGGCCCUGUCUCUUAUACACAUCUAGAUGUGUAUAAGAGACACCACUUAACCCGGAUGUCUAGGGUGGAGAUUUUCAGUGAUGUGGUGUUUCGGUCAGAAAAUUGUUAGUAGCUGCGAACAGUGAGCGUUGAAAAGUGGAAACAAGCUUGACGUGAGAAUGCGAAGAUAACCUGGCUUCGGACCAUCAUCGAAAGACUCGACUCGUAAUGCAAAACUGUAAAUGAGCUCCGAGGUUGCGUUUUCCCCCUCCUUCCACACAGGCCGACAGACUACUGAAAACAGCUGAAGGGAUAGUUUGGUACAGUAAUUGGCCAGUUGUGGCAGUAGUAGGUUGAGAGCCCAGGGCUAACAGAAUAGGGAGGGGUGAAGAGGCCCUCCUUCAGUAGGCUCAGCGCCUGAACGUGAAGUAAACCCUGUUGCGCUGUGUCCGUCAAGACACAUGAUUAUUUUAACGACACGAUGAGUUGGGACUUCUGUGGGGCUUAGAGGCCAGCCCUCAAGAUUCUCAACUCAUAAAUAAAAAAAUUUGGAAGCAAGGAUUGCGGCUAUUGAAGGUUUGCACUGGUUUUCGGUGGCGUCAGAUGUCGGGGUCGUGGGGCUUCGUCGGACGUCAGACGUUGGGGUGGUCUGCAUACGUCUCUCUACUUCCUGCAGAAGAGGAGAUGAGGGCAUGUAAGAGUUGUCGGAGUCGGUCUCUUGUUCUGUGAUUACAUGCUGUGUGUCCGCGAUUAUGUGUCUUUGUCUAAGGGGAUAGUGGCAUAGCAGAAUCGGGCAGGCUGGGCAUCAUUGCCAUCGAAUCAGCAAUCAUCAUGUUAGCUAUGAUAUAGGGCAUGACUGGUGGUGGUGACAGUAAUUAUUUCAGCAAGCAAGGAGGGGUUGCUAGUGGUGCUUCUGGAAUGGGGAGGAGGAGGAGGAGGAUCGUCAUGAUGACGAAUGUGGCGCAUAUUAGAGUGUUUGCUGUUAGGAUGGUGAUGCUUGGCGGAGCAGGUCGAGAGGCUGAUAAUCAUGAAUGCGAUUUCAUUGGGCAGCAGGUGAGCAUUUCCGGUAUAAAUACGAGGGACAUGAGAAGAAGAGGGGAGGUGGUGUUGGGAGGAAAUGGGGUUGAGAACUUGUCAAAGUAUAUGCGGGGGUCGUGAACAGGAGUUUUGGAGUGCCUACGAAGUAUAGCCUGUAUGCUCAAGGUAGGAGGGGGAAUGGAGUUGGGGUCUUCUGAGUUUGGUUGUCCUUGAUGCUUCUCACCACCCCUUUUUCAGUUGUGUAACUCUAGUUGCUGUCAAGUGUAAUUUACGUCCUUGGCUGGGGAUUAUAUGCAUGCUGAUAGUCUGCUUUGUGACCAUUUAUUGAAAUCUACAUUCAUUCUUUGGUAGUUAAUGGCCAUUUAGAUCCUUCAGUUGGGGUCUCUCUCUCUCUCUCUCUCUCUCUCUCUCUCUCUCUCUCUCUCUCUCUCUCUCUCUCUCUCUCUCUCUC